UUUUAUUUUUUUUUAUAUAUUAUUUAUUAUUUGUUUUACACAGACAUAUAUAUACAUAUUUUUUUUAUUAUUUAUUUCUAGUAAUUAAUGUAAAAAAAAAUAUAAUUAGCUAAUCAAGAUCAUUAAUAUUUUAUUUUUGAAAAUUAAUUAUUCAAAAUUAUAUUUUUUUAAAAUGUACCGUCGCAUUUAAUAAUUUUAAUUAAUUAUUUAAUUAUGAGUUCAAUUUUUCUUAAAUAUGCAGUAAAAAAAAUUUUGUAAAAAUUAACACAACUGUGUGUUAAAAUGACGUUUUACAUAAAUUUUUAUUUUAUUUUAACACUUGUGUUAAAAAAAAAUAAUACAAAGUGUUAAUAUUCUCUGUUACUGGUUCUAAAAUUUUUUUAACUCAAAUGUUAUCUGCAACACGUAAAGUAUUAAAUUAGCACUGUGUUAAAUUUAUAUUUUAAAAGUGUUAACCUUUUUUUUGACAGUAGCACUAAGUAAAUGUUACUUUUGUAUCAUUUAACAUUUUUUUUUGUUAAAAAUGAACUGAUCGGUAGAAUGUUAAAUUGCUACAUAAAAGUGUUAAAUUAACACUCAAAAAGUGUUAACAAUAACACAAGAAAAAUGUUACUAUUCUCUAUUACCGGCUCUAAAACUUUUACACACUCAAAUAUUAUCUGCAACACGUAGUGUUAAAUUAACACUCGAUGUGUUAAAAUUACAUCAUAAAAGUGUUAACAUGCGUUUUGACAGUAGCACUGAGUAAAUGUUACUUAUUUUUAAAUUAAAAAAUUUUUUUUUGAUACUGAACUGAGUCAAAUUAACACACAAAAGUGUUAAAUAUUUAACAUAAGAAAGCACAGACUUUUUUUUGCCACAAAUUUGAAAAUUUUUUGCUGUCUAUUAAAUUAAGUGAAGUAAUGAAUUAAAUAAAAAAAAAAUAAUUAAAAGGCUGGGGUUUAAAAAAAAGUAAUGGAGUAAAAUAUAAAUUUACAAGAACCAAAGAGAGUAUUUAUUUUCUCCAAGUAAAUGUACCCAAUGCUAUUAAUAAAUCUAAAGAGUAUUUUGGUGGUAUGGGGCCCGUCGUCACGCGGUUUUAGUAUCGCUGUUUCUCAGUUCUCAAGCUAGUUCUCAAGCCAGAUGGCUGGGUCUAAAAUCCGUCUAAGCGACCUUAUUUCAACUAAAUGAUUAUUUAGACAAAUUAUAUCAUGAUUAUAAACAUCAAGACCCGGAUUUACGGAAGAAACGGAACAGUUUAAUCAAUUUAUCAAUGAAAAAUAAUGUGGAAAAUUUUUUAAAAAAAUAUUCUGUGCUAGUGGUUUUAAACGAAGAUAUGAUCAGAAGUUAACUGACUCAGUCAGCCAGUUGAUCUAACACUGACAGGUCAACAGCCUCACCAAUGGCGCGCCGCGACCGAUUCUUUACCCGUCAAGCCGUCGAUAAUUCCGUCCAAGAUCUUAUAAAUCGUCAUCAGCAGCGAUCCGUUAGACCGCCGCCUAUUAUCUGGGACAGUUGGAUUAAAAAUUUUAAAGUAACUCCGGAUUCCGAGACGCCUGUCAAUGAGGUAGAAAAAACCCUCCCUUUAUUCGGACCUCUUCUCUCCUCUGUCUAACAAAUUUAUUUUUAUUAUUUAACUGCUUUUUCACUUACCACUUAACAGUACUGCACUUUCCUUAACAACGACGUCUUCAUUCAUCACCACCCGUUUUAUGAUUCAUAUUUCCCAUGCUCUGACGUUAGAGAUUAUUUAUAUAAAACUUCUUUAUUCUCAAUGUUGACUUACACAAAUACGCGAAGAAUAUUAAUAAAAAAAAAAAAAAAAAAAAAAAAUACAAAAAUAAAAAAAAAUAAAACAACAUGACCAAGAAGAAGAAAAUGAACAAGAACAUGAAGAAGGGGAAAAUUAUCAACCUUGAAAUAUAACCAAGAGAUUAUUAAUAGCAAACGGUGCGACUCCACGAAAACCGCCCACUAUUUUAUAUUUUUUUUCAAUCAACUCUUGAGUUUAAAAAAAAAAAAAACUCAGUAGUUAUUCCUCAGUGGUUGUGAAUUACAAAGCUCAUAUUUUACCAGCAAUAGUUAUUUUAAAUAAAAUUAUAUACUGAAAAAAAAAAUAAUAAUCGAGAGUUAAAUCCCAGAUGUCUAUUUAUAAAAUAAUAUUUAUUAUAAUAACCACUUGUUAAAUUACGUUUACAUAUUUCACAAUAUUUUAUUAUAUAUUCAAAUCAAAAUUAUCUAUACAUAUUUAUAUAUUUAUCUAUCUUAAAUAUAUUAUUUAUUAAACGUAAUUUGACUUCACUUGUAUGUUGUGAGAGGACGCAUUAUUCGUUGCUUGUAGAUCUUACGUCUUAAACUCAACCGGUAUUUUUAGUACCAACAGUAUUUGGCGCGACGCUCUUCGUACGUACGUACAUUUUAUUUCUCCGUCGAAAAAUUUUAUUUUACAAAUUAUAAAUAAUCAAAUAAUUAAAUAAAGUCAUUAAUAUACCGACAAUCGAUUCUUGUGAUAAUUUAAAUAUUCCCGCGGUUUUUAAAAUUUAAAAAAUUUUCAAAUUUAAAGUAUGCUGAGCAUAUCUUAAAUCCAUUUAUAUAUUUAUAUACAUGUAUAUAAAAUAUAUAUCUAUAUAUAUAUAAUUUAAAUUGAUAAAAAAAAUAUCAAUUAUCAGCGGGAAGAUCAAAUAAAAAAAUGUUUGCUUUCGCAAUGCGGGAUAAUAUGUCGACAAGUCGUCAAAAUUCGUCAACCAACAGACGUAAUCGAUACACACGUUCAUCUACAAGUGUAACACAAUUAUUAAGUGACUCGUGUUCAAGUUUAAUUCAAAGAUUGACAACACGAGUUCGUGUUCCACAUCAUGAUAAACCAUCAAGACAUUCACCUGUAAACCGUGACCUUGCUGUUCAUCAAAAUUUAAGUCAAAAUAAUAAUAGUCGUCGUCGUAGCAAUAGCAAUAAUAAUAAUAGUAAUAAUAAUAAUAACAACAAUAAUAAUAAUAAUAAUAGUAGUAGUAAUAAUAGUAAUAAUAAUAAUACAAGAUCACGGUUAGAGGAUAAAUACUCAUCGAUACUUGAUCGCUACACAAAAAGACGUAACGAUGAUGAAAUAAAUUAUAAGCGACGAAUUUUACAUCGUGACAGUCCAUUUAUACAUGACGAUAAAACAUUUGAAUCCGAAUUACCCCGUGGUAUUGCUAAAAGUGCAACAACGUCGAGUGUUUUUUUAACGGAAAAGGCGUAUCCUUAUGUCAGUUCAUUGAGACGUGAUAAGACACCUGGUGUUAAAGAUAAGGAACGAGAUAAAAUAAAUAAAGAGACGAUGCCUGAUUACCGUCACUAUGGAAGACAUAAGUCAGGACAUGCUGAGACGAGGAACAGAAAAAUUAGGCCGAGUAGACACGGGAAAAGUGAACAAAUCGAUGGCUCGAGGUUGAAAGGACGGUUAUCUAGAGAUGAUACUUAUUAUCCUGAUAAAAUUGUAUCCAAAAAAAUUGUUGAUGAUAAUGUUGAUACUGGUAUUGUUCCUGUUGCUUCUGUUCCUACUGCUAUUGUCCCUGUUCCUACUGCUCUUGUUCCUGUUCCUACUCCUGGUCUUGGUCUUGCUCCUGUUUCUGACUCUGGUCUUGGCCAUGCUCCAGUUCCAGUUCCAGCUCUCGUUUCUAGUAAUGGAGUUAAUGUUGAAUUACUAUUGAAAGAAAGAGAACUGAAGAGAAGAGAAAUUCAAAAACUUAUUUUGAAAUACACAGCGUACGAUGAAGCUUACGCUCAAACAAAACUCGAUGCUGCUAAAGUUAAACCGACGGCUACUGAAUUGAUAGCCAGUAAAUAUCAGAAGAAUACUUCCGAGUCGGAAAAAAAUAGUGUUAUUGAAACAAUUUUAGAAAGAUCUAAAACUAUUGUAAGUUGUCGAUGCGUGAUCGUGUUGCCGAUGCAAAUUUGCUCAUAUUUACUAACAUUUUUAAUUAUUAACUAAUUAACAGUAAACUAGUUUUGUUAAAAUUAUUAAAUGUGCGGUUUUAAAAUAAAUGUUUGUUUUUUUGUUGAUGGUUUUUGCUUGCACGGUUUUAUAUUUGCUCGUGUCGUUUUAUCUCAUGAACGCACUGAUCACCGGCGAAUCUAUUUUUUAACUUGUCGUUACGCAACACGAUAGACGUUUUUAAGUUUUUUUUUGGCAAUGUGAUAUGAAUAAAAAAUAUAUUAAAUUAAGAUUUUAUUAAUAUGUACAUGUUUUUUUUAUAAAUAUUUAUAUUCAUCUGUGAUCGGUUUAUAUCAAACAUAAAUUCUUUAUUAAAUUAUUUUGUUUACAUCCUAGUUUAUAAAUAAUUUUAUUUGUUUUUACUUUUUAAAUAAUUUAAUGGAGAAUUUUAUGAAAUUCAAAUUUCAAAAAUAUUGUGAUCUUGGUUGGCUAUUUUUUAAAAACUUUUACGUACUGCAAAAAAAAAUGAAUUUGAGAAAAAAAAAAUUAUUUUAUAAAAUUUAAUGCAGUACGUAAAUUGUUUAUGUCCACGUAAGUACUCACUUUUACAUUAAUAUUUAUUUAAAAUUUUUUUUUUUACCUCGAACCAGUCAAAUUUUAAAAAUUUUAAUUUUUAAAAAAUUAAUUUAAUUAAAAAAAAAAAAUUACGUGUAAUUUUAAAUGAAAA